AUGGAAGAUGCAGAACUUGAUAGGCAGAUAAGAGAAGGUCAAAGUGAACGAAUUAUCUUUGUCAAAAGUAGUGGUGCUACAGAUGUUCCUAAAAAACAAGAGGGGUAUGUGCAAUCUCCAGGACAUGUUUGCAAUGACCUUGGAACUGGUCAUAGAAAGAAUGUCAAGACCUCGAUGGCUGCUCGUGAGAUGAAGACUCACACUUCCUCAGGGUCCUCUUUGGCUGCCAAGAAAUUGAAGGAUAUUCAGAAACCAAACAAAAGAGUUUUAAGGAGAGCGAGGAGGCGCAAGAGACAGAGGAAUGUUAAUGCUAAGUCUCAUGCUGAAUCACACAACAAAUUCGGAGGGUGUUUUCGUUGUGGAAAGAAAGACCACAGGUGGCAGCAGUGCUUCAAAAGAAAGAAGAAACUCUUGACGCUCUGGAAGGUGUUGGAUUGA